CAGGCCGGCGCAACUUGGCCCGGCCGGCUCCUAGAUGCCUUUGUUGCUAGGCCGGGGCUGCUCCUGCGUGGUGCGGGAGGUCGAUCCUGGGGUCUAGGAGGCCUAAGCGCUGGCCCUUCCCCGUCUGGGUGGCGGGAAGGAGGGCGGCGGGAGGGCCCCGGGGUGGCGCCAGGCUGCCCUGAGAGGGUCGCGCGCGCGUUCCCGGGCCUCUGAGUGCACCACAGCGGUGGACGCCCGGGGUCCCUCGCGCGUUCGCUGCGCCCUUCUCCCGCGGCAGCCGUCGCCUGCGCGGGCCGUGGGAGGGAGUCUCCAAGGACCCUGGGGGCAGAGGUGACAAGUAGCGGUGUAUGGAAGUUUCUGCAAGUGUACUGCAAGGCAAGAGUAAUCGUCACAGCUCCUAUCUCCACUUGUAGGGUCACUUUCUGAGGACUUAGACCUUCCCUGUGCUGGAAACCCAAAAGGAAAUGGCAUGACCACUGUGCUGCUGACCCCUGCAUCCCAGGAGUCAUUGGUGAUCAGGGAUAUGGCCGAGGCUCUCACCCAGUGGGAGCAGCUGAAUCCUCCUCGGGGAGAUGUGCCUGAGAAGCACAGGAAUCUGGUCUUGCUGGGGCUUCCAAUUUCUAAGCCCGAUGCAAUCUCUCAGUUGGAGUGUGGAAAGGAGCUGGAGAGAGAAGUCUCAAAAGCAACUCCUUCAGACUGGGACACAAGACCAGAGAGUAAGGACCUAACUCCAGAGCAGGAGAUUUCUGAAGAAGAAUCAGCCCCUGCUGUGUUAAUAGCAAGAUUUCCAAAGGAAGGUUCCAAUGACUAUGAGGAUUCGUCAGAGAGUCAGCAGGAAAACCAUGAGAAACAUUUAGUACAGGAGGUUGUCACUCAGAAGAAAUCUUCUGGGGAGAGAAGCUACCAAUGUGAUGAAUUUGGGAGAAGUUUUAGUCGAAGGUCAUUACUUGUUCAACAGCAAGGAGAGAGACUACAUAACUGUGAUUCAUUUAAAAAGAACUUAAAACAAAAUUCAGAUCUAAUGAGGCACGAGAAAAUUUGUGCAGAAAAGAAACCUUGGAAGUGUAAUGAGUGUGAGAAAGCCUUUAGUUACUACUCAGCUUUUGUCUUGCAUCAGAGAAUUCACACAGGAGAAAAACCCUACGAAUGUAAUGAAUGUGGUAAAGCUUUUAGCCAGAGUAUACACCUUACUCUACACCAGAGAAUUCAUACUGGAGAGAAACCCUACGAAUGUAAUGAAUGUGGGAAAGCCUUCAGUCACCGCUCUGCCCUUAUUCGGCACCAUAUAAUUCAUACUGGAGAGAAACCCUAUGAAUGCAAUGAAUGUGGGAAGGCCUUUAAUCAGAGCUCAUACCUCACUCAACAUCAGCGAAUUCAUACUGGAGAGAAACCUUAUGAGUGUAAUGAAUGUGGGAAGGCCUUUAGCCAAAGCACAUUCCUUACCCAGCAUCAGGUCAUUCACACUGGAGAGAAACCCUAUAAGUGUAAUGAGUGUGGGAAAGCCUUUAGUGAUCGAUCAGGCCUUAUUCAGCACCAGAGAACUCAUACUGGGGAGAGGCCUUAUGAGUGUAACGAGUGUGGCAAAGCCUUUGGCUACUGUUCAGCCCUGACUCAGCACCAGAGAACUCACACUGGGGAGAAACCCUAUAAAUGCAAUGAUUGUGCCAAAGCCUUCAGUGACCGCUCAGCCCUUAUUCGUCAUCAGAGAACACACACUGGAGAGAAACCUUACAAGUGUAAGGAUUGUGGAAAAGCUUUCAGCCAGAGCUCAUCUCUUACAAAACAUCAGAAAACUCACACUGGAGAAAAACCCUAUAAGUGUAAAGAAUGUGGAAAAGCUUUUAGCCAGAGUUCAUCCCUUUCUCAACAUCAGAAAACUCAUACUGGAGGGAAAACCAAAGAAUAUGGAAAAGCCUUUACUGAGCAUUCAGCCUUUGGCCAGCAAAAGAGAAUUCAUACUGGAUAAAGACUAUUUAAAGGUGGUGCAUUUGGAACAUAUUUAUUGAACAAUUACCAAACAUGGUGUGAGGGCUACAAAGGCAUUUAAGAAUGUGUUACAAAAUAUAUAUAUAUAUAUAUAUAUGUAUGUGUAUAU